AUGAAGGUUGGCCGUGUGGCCAUUAUCACCAGAGGUCGAUAUGCCGGCAAAAAGGUCGUGAUCAUCCAACCCUACGACAACGGUUCCAAAGCCCACCCUUUCCCCUAUGCCCUCGUCGCCGGAAUUGAGCGCUACCCUUCGAAAGUCACAAAGAGAAUGGGCACUAAGAAGGUAGCCAAGCGCAGCAAGGUCAAGCCGUUCAUCAAGACCGUCAACUAUAACCACCUGAUGCCCACCCGUUACACGCUCGAACUGGAAGGAUUGAAGGGUGUUGUCACAAACGAUACAUUCAAGGAGGUAUCGCAGCGAGAAGAGGCCAAGAAGACGGUGAAGAAAGCGUUGGAGGACCGCUACACAAGUGGAAAGAACAGAUGGUUCUUCACUCCUCUGCGUACGUCUCUACUAUCGAAACUUUCUACCUAUGAUAUUGGUGGACUUGUUUAG